AUACAACCUCCCUUCCAUUGCAUUCCAUAUGCCUACUUCAGAACACGUGGAAGCAGCAAAAGGAUUUUGGCAGAGGGGUAAUUAGACCGGCCUGCUAACAUGUGGCAACAUUUUUCUGGAAGAUGAAAUGAUGUGUCACAUUUUGUGCAGCUGGACGCAAAUUAUCAAGGAUAUUAUCAAUGACAUUGGUAAUGUCGGGACUAUUCAAUUUGAAUUGACAAGCUGUACUGAAGACUCUUGGAAUAUGGAACCUAUAUUACGGUCUUGGAUAUUAUAUUUUUAUUGAUGAUAUACAUCAGCUGGUAGUUACAUUGUAUGCCUAUGCUGAUGCACUUGGUGUUAAUGGGUUAUUGGAUACAUUGACAGAUGUUAGACUAGUUGAUCAGAUUCCUAUCGUCAGAGGAGGAAAGAGAAGACUAUAUUUUUAGGAUAUAUGUAGGAAUUAUCAACUUUCAGUAUGGCUGUGUCUGGAAAUGUAUGGAACUUUUCCAGUACAAGUCUUAUGAAACCCAAGGAAAGCCCGGCACCCGUCGUCGUCGUUGCUGCGUCUGUACCAGGGAAUGCUGCUGCAGCUCCGUCCGUUGUGAAGGCUGCUUCCAAGGGCAAGAACAGUGUGGCGAGUGACUUCAAUGACUUGAACAGCUGGCCUUCUCUAGGUGCUGCAAAAAAAGAUGGAUCCGACCCCCAAUCUCCCAGACGCAAGAAGGAAACCAUCCCUUCCGGAUCCAAGACCCCUCCUGCCACCUCAACCACGCCCCCACUGGUGGCCGAGCAGGUAGAGGCUGCCCCUACGCCCAACACUUCCGCUACCAUCCCUACAGCUACUGCUACCUCGCCUAGGUCACCUAAGCCUGCCACAGAGGACCAGGCUCCACCACCAGCUCCUCCUGCAGUUCCAGCAGCUACACCUGCAGCUGCUCCGGAGGUCACCAAGGAGGUCACGUCUCCCAGAGUCAAGGCCCACCGGUCGACAGCGUCAUCCUCAGAGAAGGACAAGCAGAUGGAGGAUGGAAAGGCUGAUGGACAGAAAGGAAACAAGAAAAAUCGUGGUAAAGCAGACAAGAAACAAAAGUGGAUCCCCCUUCCGCUGGACCCAGAGCCUCGAAACAAGGGAGGCCGAGAUCGGGACCGUGACAGGGGACGCAACGCCUCAGGAGGCGGGAGAGUGAGGGAUAGCCGGCCGGCGCGAGACAGCGAACGUGAGAUGAACUGGCGUGAUGUGCCACGCAGCACUGGUUCUGAGCCAGCUAAGAGGCCGGAGCGUCCUCGUGGAGAUGGUAGGAACAGCAGAGAAACGUUGACGAAGGGUAAGGGUAAUACCAUUUCAUCUAGCCAUUAAAAGGAUGGAAAUUAU